GCGGGGGGCUCCGGAGCCCCGGCAGGAAGAGGUAAACCCACCAGCUGCUGAGGGUUUCGCGCGUCCCCACCUUGAACCCCGCCAUGUGGGGUCUCCUGCUCGCCUUGGCCGCCUUCGCGCCUGCCGUCGGUUUAGGUCUGGGGGCACCCAGCGCCUCCGUGCUGGGCCUGGCGCCGGCCGCGACCACCGAGGCCCCGGUCUCGACCCCGGCCCCGCGUAGCAGCCCGGCACAGCCGCCCGCGGGGAAAGAGAACGGGACCUCAGAACAGCAUAUCCGGAUUCGAGUCAUCAGGAAGAAAAAGGUCAUUGUGAAGAAGCGAAAGAAGCUAAUUCGCCCCAUACCCCCAGUGACUGCCACGCCUUCAACGACUGCCAGGCCUUCAACGACUGCCAGGCCUUCAACGACUGCCAGGCCUUCAACAACCACCAGCCCUGUAGGGGCCCUUGACAUCCCUGAGAAGCAAGAACCAGGUUGUCCCCCUUUGGGCCUGGAGUCCCUGCGAGUUUCAGAUAACCAGCUCGAUGCAUCUAGCAGCCAGUCCUUUGGUCUUGGACCACACCGAGGACGGCUCAACAUCCAGUCAGGCCUGGAGGAUGGUGAUCUUUUUGAUGGAGCGUGGUGUGCCGAGGAGCAGGACGUUGAGCCGUGGCUUCAGGUGGACGCCAGGCACCCCACCCGCUUCUCGGGCAUUAUCACCCAGGGCAGAAACUCCAUCUGGAGGUAUGACUGGGUCACAUCUUACAAGGUCCAGUUCAGCAAUGACAGUCGGACCUGGUGGGGGAGUAAGAACCGCAGCACUGGGAUGGACGCGGUGUUUCCUGCCAACUCGGACCCAGAGACCCCAGUGCUGAACCUCCUGCCUGAGCCCCAGGUGGCCCGCUUCAUUCGCCUGCUGCCCCAGACCUGGCUCCAGGGAGGUGCAUCUUGCCUCCGGGCAGAGAUCCUGGCCUGUCCAGUCUCAGCAGAUCCUAACAGCCUGUUCCCUGAGGUCCCCAUGCUGGGAUCCUCCGACCCACUGGACUUCCGGCAUCACGAUUAUAAGGCCAUGAGGAAGCUGAUGAAGCAGGUGAACGAGCAGUGCCCCAACAUCACCCGCGUCUACAGCAUUGGGAAGAGCCAUCAGGGCCUGAAGCUGUAUGUGAUGGAAAUGUCGGACCAGCCUGGGGAGCAUGAGCUGGGAGAGCCUGAGGUGCGAUACGUGGCCGGCAUGCAUGGGAACGAGGCCCUGGGGCGGGAGUUGCUCCUGCUCCUAAUGCAGUUCCUGUGCCGCGAGUUCCUGAGAGGGGACCCGCGGGUGACCCGGCUGCUCACCGAGACACGCAUUCACCUGCUGCCCUCCAUGAACCCUGAUGGCUAUGAGACUGCCUUCCGCCGGGGCUCGGAGAUGGUGGGCUGGGCAGAGGGCCGCUGGAACCAUCAGGGAAUUGAUCUUAACCAUAAUUUUGCUGACCUCAACACACCACUGUGGGAAGCAGAGGAUGAUGGGCUGGUGCCUGACACUGUCCCCAACCAUCACCUGCCACUGCCUACUUACUACACCCUGCCCAAUGCCACUGUGGCUCCUGAAACUCGGGCAGUGAUCAGGUGGAUGCAGCGGAUCCCUUUUGUGCUAAGCGCCAACCUCCACGGGGGUGAGCUCGUGGUGUCCUACCCCUUCGACAUGACUCGGACUCCAUGGGCGGCCCGCGAACUCACACCUACCCCAGAUGAGGCUGUGUUUCGCUGGCUCAGCACUGUCUAUGCGGGCACUAAUCGGGUCAUGCAGGACCCAGAUCGCCGACCCUGCCACAACCAGGACUUCUCCUUGUAUGGCAACGUCAUCAACGGGGCUGACUGGCACACAGUCCCUGGGAGCAUGAAUGACUUCAGUUACCUACACACCAACUGCUUUGAGGUCACUGUGGAGCUGUCCUGUGACAAGUUCCCUCAUGAGAAUGAGCUGCCCCAGGAAUGGGAGAACAACAAAGAUGCUCUUCUCACCUACCUGGAACAGGUGCGCAUGGGCAUUGCGGGAGUCGUGAGGGACAAGGACACGGAGCUCGGGAUUGCUGAUGCUGUCAUUGCGGUGGAUGGGAUCAACCAUGAUGUAACAACGGCAUGGGGUGGGGACUACUGGCGCCUGCUGACCCCUGGGGACUACAUGGUGACCGCCAGUGCUGAGGGCUACCACACAGUGACACGGAGCUGCCGGGUCACCUUUGAAGAGGGCCCUGUGCCCUGCAAUUUCCGUCUCACCAAGACUCCCAAACAGAGACUUCGCGAGCUGCUGGCAGCCGGGGCCAAGGUGCCCCCGGAUCUUCGGAGGCGGCUGGAGCGGCUGAGGGGACAGAAGAAUUAACACCUCCAGCUGAAAAGCCCCAGAGCCUUGGGCAGGCUGGUCCUGUCCAGAACUGGAGGAGAUGCCGAGGGUGGG